CGGCAGAGCGCAGAGCACGGAGCAGAGGAAGACCGAAAAAAAAAAAAGUUUUGCUCCAUUUCCUAAAGGAACUUGGGACCCGCUGGGAUCAGAAUGACGAACCCCCUGGCCACAACCACCCAACCCCCCGGCUGCGGCCCGAAACUGUUGUCCAAGUACUUUAGACUUUGUGACAUGAAUGAGAUUUGGGGCAUCGUCCUCGAAGCUCUGGCUGCCUUAGGGGCGGUGACCACGGUGGUCUUCAUCCUGGCCCUCUUCAUCCUCGUCUGCAAAGUGCAGGACUCCACCAAGAGGAAGCUGCUGCCCACGCAGUUCCUCUUCCUGCUGGGGGUGCUGGGCGUCUUCGGCCUCACCUUCGCCUUCAUCAUCCAACUGGACGGCAAAACAGGCCCCACGCGCUUCCUCCUCUUCGGUGUCCUCUUCGCCCUCUGCUUCUCCUGCCUCCUGGCGCACGCCCUGACCCUGACCAGGCUGGUGUGCGGCCGGAAGCCCCUCUCCCUGCUGCUCAUGCUGGCCCUGGCCGUGGGCCUCAGCCUGGUCCAGGACGUCAUUGCCGUGGAGUACGUGGUGCUCACCAUGAACCGGACAAACACAGAUGUCUUCUCCCAGCUGAGCCGGGAGCGGCGCAAUGAGGACUUUGUCAUGCUGCUUAUUUACGUCAUGCUGCUGAUGGCACUGACCUUCCUCGCCGCCUCCCUCACCUUCCGGGGCACCUUCUCGGGCUGGAAGCGGCACGGGGCCCACAUCUACUUCGCCUCGCUGCUCUCCAUUGUCAUUUGGGUGGCCUGGAUCACCCUCCUCAUGCUCCAUCACUUCGAUCGCAAAUGGGAUGACACCAUCCUCAGCACCGCCCUGGUGGCCAACGGCUGGGCCUUCCUGCUGGCCUAUGUCAUCCCCGAGUUCUGCCGGCUCACCAAGCAACAGAACCCCCUGGACUACCCCGUCGAGGACGCCUUCUGUAAACCUCAGCACAUGAAGCAGAGCUACGGCGUGGAGAACAGAGCCUACUCGCAGGAGGAAAUCACUCAAGGUCUGGAAGAGAUGGGGGACACGCUCUACGCCCCGUACUCCACCCACUUUCAGCUGCAGCCCCAGAACUCGCAGAAGGACUUCUCCAUCCCCCGCGCACAGACGCACACCAGCCCGUACAACAACUACGAGGGCAGGAAAGACGGCAGCUAACUCGGCCUGCAGAGCACCGAGCGGGCCCACACAGCCAGUCAGCCCACCGCGGGUCCCCCUUCGUGUUUUGUAUUGAACAAGACUCUCACGGAGCACUGGAGAGCACUGCCUCCCGGCCUGGAGCCGCCGGACACUUGGGGGAACUUUUUUCCAGUGGGACCCUCCGGUGUACUCCCUCCUCUCCCUGCCAUUCAGCCUGUGACUAAAGACUCGUCCAGCCUCGGGCUGGCUCGGGGACCCUCCGGGAACCCACCUUGCAAAUCUGCAGAGUGACAGCGAGGCCCAGCCCUAGCACUGUCCUGGCCGGAUCAACACUGGAAGCCAGCUUUCUGGCACCCCGCUUCUUGCCUGGACACGGGAGCACCCCGGCUUUGCUUAGCCACGUGACACUGCAGAGCUCAGGGGCUGUCUGGGGUCCCUGGUACCACCUGGUUCCCUCUGGCACUGUUCCUCGCCUACUGCCACCCCUUUUCUGGUCUCUCCUGCGCACACACCCCCCCUAGGAGUUCUCCGGCACCUCACUGGCGUGGAUGAGCCCCUUCCUCUGGACCAGGGGAUUUGGGGGCAGGGGACACUUGGGUGCUGUUCUCACUGUCUCUUCCGGUCCAACUCCCCCUCCCUCCUUGCUCCUUCACCCUGUGAAGAGAUUAACACUGUGCUCAUCUGUAAACGGGCACGUCUCCUACUGAUGCGGAGGGGGGUCCUUGUACAAUAAGUUAUUCUUCCCUCACGGGGAUGCAAUAAAGAUGUACGUGGGGGCAACAAGUGCCUAGCACUGAGCACCAGGGGGCGCUGGUGGGCUGCCCGCGGCCUUCACCAUGGGGCCCAAGUUCAAUGGCCCUUUUGUUCUGUGUCUCAGCCCCGUUCCUCUUCACCCAAACCCAGUGUGUUUCUUUCCAUUUUUGAGGGUGAGGGGAAGAGCGUGAAGGGGUCAUGGACCCUGGGCCCAGCCAAGCAGUGACAGCCGCACAGGAAAGGCAGGGCGGGGACCUCAAAGCCAGUUUCUUGGUUAACUUGAGGUUUAAUUGCGGGAGGGGACAAACCCGGAUUCCGUAUUUGACAGAUUUGGUUCACAAUAUCUCUCGACGUGUCACGCAGUUAUUGUUGAGUUAAUCCCACAAGCAGCCCCGUGGGGCAGGGCA